CGCUCCUCUUCCACCUCUCCAUCCACAACAUCAGACACAGCCGAGCGGCACCACCACAAUAACGACGGGCCCCCAGAAAUAAUGGAAUCUUCGAUCCAGUUGCUGCAGUACCAGGACGCAUCCGUCCCGAUGUUCGAUCCUUGGCUCGUGCGUGUAGUGCUAGACCUCUACGACGUGAGGCGGUUCGAAUGGAUGAUGAUAGCGGAGCCGAUCGAGCGAAUUUGGGGCAUCAGGACCAGCAGCGCCGAGGUUUUGGAGAUCCUUAGCGCGAACGGAAGGUUGAGAAGGUGCUGGUGGGACUGAGAUGUCCUUUUUACCUCGUGGUAGUAUAUUGCUAUCGAGUAUCUAGACUCACGAGGGUCUUGCGAGACCAUGAAAGGGGACUUGGAG